GUGGCUCGUUUGAAUGUAGUGAGCUGGAAGAUCAACAUGGCUGUGGGAAAGAUGUGUGUGUUAUAGGGGGUUAUAGGGGGUUAUUCUGUGCGGCUGGGAUGUGCGGGGACGCGGCGGAGGCUGAAGCUAGGCUGGCCGGGCGAUGUGAUCGGGGUUGGUAGGCUGUGCGCUCUGUGUUUUGCCCGCUGUUCAGUUUAUAGCCGGAUCUCUGCGCUGGGCUGCAGCUGCUGGUGGUGAAAAAUAAUAAUAGCGCAGCCAUGGUGCUGAUGAUGGAGUCGCAGUGCGAGUAUUUCAUGUAUUUCCCCGCCGUGCCCAUUUCAGACCUGUCCGACCCGGCCCGGUACCGCACACUACCGCGGCGCAGUCACCUCUACCUGGGCGAGACGGUGCGCUUCCUGCUGGUGCUGCGCUCGCAGAGCUCCGCGGACGGAGGCGCGGAGCAGCCCGGCAGCGGCGCCAGCAGCAGCCGCUCGUGGCGGGAGCUGGCCGGCUCUCUGUGCGCCGUGGCCAGCGUGUGUCCGGGGGACGGCAGGCAGCGAGCACCGCCGCUUUACCAUGACUACCAGAGCAGCGGAGACGAGUGUGUGGAGGACACGGACGACGAGGAGGCGGCGGCGACGGGGGGCUGCGCGGCCAGGGGGGUCUCAAAGGCCCGGGGAUUCAGAGAGUGCAAGCCGCUCCUCAUUCACAACAACCCGGCCAGCGGAGGGAGGGAGUUCCGCAAGGCUCCUCUACAGUCGCCUGCGGACGAGCCCGUUGUUCUAAAUGAUGAAGUCAUCUUCCCGCUGACUGUGUCCCUGGAUAAACUCCCUGUCAGCACGCUCAAAGUGAAGAUUAUAGUGACCGUGUGGAAGCAGGAGGAGGAAAAGGCUGAGAUUCAGGAGCAUGGCUACCUCAGCAUCCUUCAGCAGAAGAGCCCCUGUCAAACCUUUCGCCAAGAUCUCAACACCUUCAAAGCCCAGGUCAGCACCACCCUGAAUGUCCUUCCUCCACCCACAGUAAAGUGUCAGCAGAUGACUGUAUCUGGACGACAUCUGAUUGUUCUUAAAGUGUUAAAUGGGAGCUCACAGGAGGACGUGUGCGUGCAUGAUGUCCGAAUCCUGCCCAACUUCAAUGCAUCCUAUUUACCCAUGAUGCCUGAUGGUUCAGUGCUGCUGGUUGACAAUGUGUGCCAUCAGUCAGGUGAGGUGGCCAUGGCAUCUUUCUACCGGAUGGACAGCGAGUCUAGUCACCUUCCCAGCAUGCUCAGUGCCCUGGAGGAGCAAAACUUCCUGUUUCAGAUGCAGCUCAGUGACCAGGCUCAAGAUGAUUCUAAUGAGGGUCUUGAGGUGCCGCUAGUAGCAGUGCUCCAGUGGUCCACUUCCAAGCUGCCGUUCACCAACUCCAUCUACACCCACUACAGUCUGCCCAGCAUCAGACUGGACCGGCCACGCUUUGUUAUGACGGCCAGCUGCCCGAGCUCAGUCAGAGCCCAGGAGCACUUUAGAGUCCGCUAUACACUCCUCAACAACCUGCAGGACUUCCUGGCUGUGCGCCUGGUCUGGACACCAGAGGGCCGUGGUCAGAAGGAGGAUCCUGCAGUGAACGCAGUAGUUUGUCAUUCUCCUCUCAGUAACCUUGGUUACUGUCGCAAAGGCAGCACUCUCUCGGUCUCUGUGGCCUUCCAGAUCCUCAAAGCAGGCCUGUUCGAGCUGAGUCAGCACAUGAAGCUGAAGCUGCAGUUCACAGCAUCUGUGUCCAACCCUCCCCCUGAAGCCCGGCCGCUGUCCCGCAAGAACAGUCCGUCCAGUCCUGCUGUCAGAGACAUACUGGACCGACACCAGGCCUGCCUGAGUCUGGGCCGAUCACAGUCCUUCUCCCAUCAGCAACCCUCAAAAUCCCACCUCACCAGGACAGGCAGUGUUAUGGAGCGCAGGGCGAUCACUCCUCCUGUUGGCUCUCCAGUGGGUCGACCACUCUACCUCCCUCCAGACCGGAACAUUCUGUCCCUCGACAAGAUCGCCAAGCGAGAGUGCAAGGUGCUGGUACUGGAGUCACACAGCUAAACAUGCAAACAUAUUCUUACACACACGCACACACACACACACACACACUGCUAUACACACAUAUGCACACAUAAAAACACCAAUAGGAAAUGGGAAAGAGGAAGUUUCACACUGGAAUAUUAAAAUGUUUUGUAAUAGCAGUCUUAUUAAACUGCGGAUAUAAAACUUGAAUUGUCGGGGAGAGACGCGCUGUUUCAGUUUCUGCUUUGUUUAAGAAUCUGUUUUUAUUUUGUCUCUGUAUUCAUGACUUGUUUACAUGCUGUGAAUUAGGGUCCAGCAUUUCAUGUACGAGCAAAUGCCUGCAGCUAUUCUGUUUUCACUGAUUUCUGACAGACAUAUGAAAUGAAAUGUCUCUCACAGACAGACACACACACGCUCGCACACACAAAACGUGCUCAUGGGAAAGUGGCAGGAAUUAAAAAAAAAGGAAAGUGAGCCCUGAAAAUGUGGGUGCCAGAUGUAAAAUAUGGGACAUUUCUGAAGUUAAGUGCAGACAUCUAUCAUUCCUCCAUCCACAGUGUCACGUGUGUUACUGGGAAUUGCUCACAGAAGGUACUACCACCCACAGUGGACAGUGCAGUGGGUGGUAAUGAUUUGUGACGUACGUACAGACAAGCAGUGCUAGCAGAAAACACAUCCACACUCCAUACAAGAGGCUCCAGACACAGCAGUCAGUGCAGUGUUCUUUAUCUUCUAUGGGAUAUCAUGGCAAAAGUCAUGGAACACAAUACUAUAUGGACUAUUUUUAUGGAAUAGUCCAAAAUGACUUGAAAUAGUCUUACACUGACUUCUAUUGAAAGCUAUUACCACACACACACACACACACACACAGACACACACACAGUUUGUAAUCCACAUGUUGGAAGUAGUUCAGUCACUGGGAUGAAUAAUUUAUUGAUUUAAGUUCUGAUUAAAACGUUCAGUUUAUCAAAGCUAAAUGCGCAUACACUGAACUGUAUGCAAAGAUAGACGUUAGAGUCCUGAGGGUCACGGGGUCAUGAGGAAUGAACAGGUUACCCUGUCUGAGAGUAUGUUUAUGGUUUAUGAUGUUUGCGUGGGUCGGUGUAUUUUACUGACUGUUCUGUAUUACAGUUAUUAUUUUGUGCUCUUCUACUGAUUUCCUCCAGUGCAUACUUACAAUCCUUGAAUUAUUUUAGAAUGUAAAUGUAUUUAUUUCUUUAUUUUUGGAUGCUCUUGAAGCCUUCCUAAUAUGUUUUGUUCAUUAUUUUGUUUCAAACCUCAAAAUAAGCAUUGACAUUCCUUGACUUUUAAUGUAAUUUCUGUUUUUUUUUAUUUUUUUAUUUCCUCCUAUUGAGUCAUUUCAAUUUGGUCCAGACAUUCCUAUUGUUUUUAUAUACAGCCUUGAAAAAAAAGAGACCACUUCAGUUUCUGAAUCAGUUUCUCUGAUUUUGCUAUUUAUAGGUAUAUGUUAAAGUAAAAGAAAAUAAGAAAUGAAAUAACUGAAAUAACAAAAAAGAUGCAGAGCUUUCAGACCUCAAAUAAUGCAAAGAAAACAAGUUCAUAUUCAUAAAGCUAUAAGAGUUCAGAAAUCAAUAUUUGGUGGAAUAACCCUGUUUUUUUAUCACAGUUUUCAUGCAACUUGGCAUGUUCUCCUCCACCAGUCUAACACACUGCUUUUUAGAUAAUUUCAAGCAGUUGAGCUUGGUUUGAUGGCUUGUGAUCAUCCAUCUUCCUCUUGAUUAUAUUCCAGAGGUUCUUCAUUUGGUUAAAUCAGAGAAACUCAUAGUUUUUAAGUGGUCUCUUUGUUUAGUUUUUUUCAGAGCUGUAUAAGCUGGUGACUGUAGUGUUGUUGUUUUACCAUGAAAUGCAGACAGCUGAUUCUGAUUGUGUAGAGCACCUGUUUCCACUUUCUUCUUAAUGAUGAAGUGAUGACUGCCAUUUACUGGUUAUUAAAAAAAGUCACUUCUAAAGGCCAAAUGAUCUUUUUGUGGAUUCAUGUGUUUGUGUGGGAACUGAGGACCUGCUGAGUUGGACAGUGUGUUUAAUAAUAAUACAACUCCUAAUGUAACUCAGCCUAAUUUAAUAUGCGCACGAUACACAUCAGUAGUUUCUGAUUCAAUUUAGCAUUUAAUUUACAGUAUAAUUCAGUUUUUUAAUGCUUUCAUUUUUCAGCUUGUACCGGCAGAUUUGUACGUAAUGCUUGGCAUUUACAUACUCCAGCCGACGCCUCCAAGCGAACUGAUUGAGUCACUUCUCGUUGGUCCUGGUAGGCGUUGUGUUGACUGAUGCCAUUUUGAUUUAUGUUCCCCCUGCUGUUUUAUGCUUUGUGUCAUACUGGAUCAGUGCACGCUUUGCACUCCCAAAAAGGAGAACUGGGAUUUAGUUGCCAUCACUGUACUGUGACCGCACAUGAUGUAUUACACUUCCUGAGGACAGUCUACCCAAUCUUACAUCCUUCCUUAACUUAUGUUAUUGGAUAACUGACCUCAUUAAUGGGCAGCUUCCACUAACAGCGUGUGCAUGUCCUUGUCCCACAAUGAUGAUGAAUUUGGGUAUCUGGAUAUCAUUCCAGCUUUUCAUGCUAGUGCAGUCUCUGAGGAGCAAAUUCUGACAUUCCUCUUCGCUGAUCUGAUAUAAUCUGAUUACAGGCAUUGCAAUCAUUUAAUUUUUUUUCCCCCGACCCUUUGAAUGUUCAGUGGAAAUGACCAGUGUGUACAUUACUGGUUUAAGCUUGUGUGCACAUGUGGCUAAUGUUUUUGUACAGCUAAAUCUGGCAACUAGAAGAAAUAUGGAAUUGUGGGUAACGUCAAAUCUGUGCAACGUGACCGACACCCUGUACAAUCCAACACUGGAAAAUGUGAUUGUAAAGCCACGUCUCUGGUACAGUAGGGAUGCAAUGGUAACAUUAUGCUCUUGUUAUUUCAUUGUCAGCACUGUGAUAUUUUACCUUUGUUCAAUUUAAGUUCUUACUCCUCAUAUUUUACUUGUGUUAUCAUUGAAUGCAGCUUGUUUAUGAGAAGAGUUCUCUUUAUUUUGACAUGUUUGUUACUGUUUUGUUUUUGAGACAUUUGCUUGACAAUAAAUUUGCAAGAACAUAAUAGUUAGAAAUAAAACAAACCAGAAGAUUGUUAGUCCAGCUAUUUCAGACUUUGCAUAGUGCUACUUCAAAAACAUGCUCUGUACACACCUGAUAUUUUAUUUUUUUAUAUUCUAUUUUCACUUUGUCAAAGGCAUCAAAAUGAAACAUUUUAUAUGUUGUUGAACAUUUUUUAUUUCAUCUAAGCACUUUAUUUCAAUUGUUGUAACUUAUUGUUUCUGGAAAAGGAAAAAGGAAUGUUAAAAGUGAUUCAAUUGCAGGUCUCAUAUGUUUGUUAGAAACAUUUAGGCUUGUUUUUGAGUUUUGGUUUGCUUGAUAUAUAUGAACCCUGUUAUUUAAAGUGUUUAAAGCAUAAAAAAGUGUUUAAAGUUUGUGAAAGUGUGUUUCCAACGUGUAUUCAUCUCCUGCUGGGUUAUUGCACUUGAAAGAACUGAAUAAAUGGAUUUGGGCUUAA